GCUGAACACACGCGGAGCUCCGAGCAGAGUCAGUUUGUCCUCCUCCUGCUGCUGCUGAUCACACAUGCAGACAAGGAGCAGGUCCGCCUGUGGGAUUAAUGAUCCGCACUGAGUGAACAUCUGGAUUACACACAAAUACAUCUUUGUUUUUGUUCUUCUGGUUGAUUUUUAUUAUUAUUGUUAUUAUAGUUAUUGUGAUUUUUCUUCCUGCCACUUUCUGAGCUGUUAAAGAAACCACCUGCCAUCAUGUCUCGGGCUCCAGAUGGUGUGAGUAAACUCACUGAAAGUACAUACAAGAAUGUGAUGGAUCAGUUCAACCCCGGCCUGAGGAACCUGGUCAACCUCGGGAAGAACUACGAGAAAUCAGUCACAGCGAUGACGCUCGCGGGAAAGAUCUACUUUGAUGCCGUGUCAAAGGUCGGGGAGAAUGCCAUGGUGUCUCCGGUCUCCCGAGAGCUUGGUUUGGUUCUGAAGGACAUCGCAGAAACACACAGGAAGGUCCACAAUGAACUUGAAGAGAACUUCAAGAGGUUUCACAGAGAGAUCAUCAUCGAGCUGGAGAAGAAGACCGAGAUGGAUGUCAAGUAUAUGAACGCCACCUUUAAGCGCUAUCAGUCGGAGCACAAGCUGAAGCAGGAUUCUCUGGACCGCUCACAGACGGAGCUGAAGAAGCUGAGGAGGAAAAGCCAGGGGAAGCACUCGUCCAAGUACGAGAUCAAAGAAAACGAGUACAUGGAGACCAUCUCCUCGCGGCAGAUGGACAUGCAGAAGUUCAUCGCCGACGGCUGCAGGGAGGCUCUGCUGGAAGAAAAGAGACGCUUCUGUUUCCUCGCGGACAAACACUGCAUGUUCUCCUUCCAAAUCAGCAGCUUCUACGAGAAAGCCAAAGAGAUGCUGGCCGUGAAGCUCCUGAGCUGGCAGGAGAAGUGCAGCGACAUCACCAAGGUGCCGGACACGGUGGAGAACAUGAUCGAGGAGCUCUCCACCACUCCAGAGCAAUCACCGCUGCUGGAACGUUGCAACAGGAACAACAUGCCUCCUCCAGCUCCACCGCUCAAGGCUCAGAUCAGUCCGCUUGCAAACAUGUUUGACCCCGAGCCCAGAUCUCCACUCACUUCUUUUUCAGACCACAACUCAGAUCAGGGCAGCCUCGGUGAGGACAGUCUGUCCCGGUCCACGUCGCUGUCGUCCGGUCUCAAUGCGGGCAGGAAACAGCGGGUCAGGACCAUCUUCCCACACACGGCGGGCAACAACGACACGCUCCUCAGCUUCGACGACGGCGAAGUCAUCUCCCUGUUCAUUCACGAGGAGAAGGACGGCUGGUUGUACGGAGAGCUGGAGAGGACCAAACAGCGGGGCUGGUUUCCCUCAUCAUACUGCAGACCUUACAGUGAGCCGGUGAUAUCAAACAGCAUGCGCAGCCUGAGCGUGGCCAACCUGCCGGAACAGUACGAGGAGGCGGAGCCAGUCUUGAUCCCACCCCCAGACUAUAGCGACAACGUCCCGUCCAGACGGACGCUCCCGUCGAUACCAUCACCGCAGAACAAGGUUUCCUUAGUCAAUGGCACAGCAAAGGCUCCUUUUCUUGGAGGAGGGAAUCCGUUCGCCACCGUCAAGCUGAAACCAACCGUCACGAAUGACAGAUCGGCGCCGUGCAUCUAACGCACUGUAGGAGCAGUUUCACCGCCGUCAUGCCUUCAAGGGAAUCAUGUAACAUGGCACCCAUGUGACACAACAUACAUCAACCCACACACCCCCAGUCCUGUCUGUUUUAUCAAAGGGAUCCAUUGUUUGUUGGCAUACGUGUGCUUUACUGUGCCCAGUGUUUAUCUUUGACUUAAGCCGCAGCUGUGAUACUUUGCAUAAUUAGCACAUGGAUAUUCUCUAGUGUGAAGACAGUGUCUCAUAAGCACCAAACAUUUCCACCCAAAAUCACACGGAAGGCGCAGUCUGUAAGAAUUAGUGGCAUCUAAUGGUGAUACUGCAGAUUGACAACAAACGGAGGACUCAAUUCCAAGGAACUACGGUGGCCUUCGCUGAUCAGAAAGGAUGUGAGACGCUCUUUUACAGCUCUUUCUGCUGUCAUCUCCUCUUUCCUCAUUGGUUUAUGCAUCAGUUUUAUGUGGUUUACCUUUGUUUGUGUAAUACGUGUCAGAAUGGUUUAAAUUGAAUGCCUAAACAAGUACAGUACAUUCUAAACUUACGUUAGAAUGUUCCCUUAAAGUUAACUUGAUUUAUUUAGGUGUUACUUAGGAGUCAUUUGCUUUUUUUGAGUGAAGAAAGAAGGGCAGCACAUGAUGGCGGCCAACGCAAAGCAAGGUUAAUGCUUAAAGUACAUAUGAAAGGCGAUUUUUCACAUAUUUAUGGGUAGUAUAUUCAAACUCUCCCAAAAAGUGCACACUAGGUCUUUAAAUUCUCAUGAAAAUGACAGCUAAAUUCAAUUUAAUCCAUUCAAAAACAGUGACAAAAUGUCGGGUGAUGAUAAACAAUAGAACUGACAAAUCAAAGUAAGAAAAGGUAAAGGAAAACGAACGUUGGGGACUCCAAUUGACAUGGAACACCCAUCACAAAAUCAAACAUCAUAUCUAAUGUCCUAAACAACCACUUUAAUGUGUCUGGGAAUUUGAAAUCAUGCAUUUUUAAGACAUUUGCGGUGAAAUGUAAGGCUGAGAUGAACCUGCGUCGUCAUUUCUGGGAGUGAACUCCUUCCUUUAAAGGCCGUGUCUGUGAGGAGAAAAGUGCUCAUUAUCUCGCUUGUGCUGCAAAGAAAGCGCUCCAGGUGUGAGCGACAGUAGCAGGAUGAGGACGCGAAAGACCAGCACUCCAGGCUGUCUUCAUGAAACAAACAUAUAUAUACAUCAUUAUUAUUGUUGUUAUUUUUCUUAUAAUUAUUGUUGUUUUGUCUUUCUUUUUUUAAAGACGCACAGAGAUUGUAAGAAUGAAGGGUGAGCGACGUGCUGGGAAAUGGUUGUUGAGGCUGAAAACAGCACGUCGGUUUAAAACCAGGAGGCUAUUUAUAAACAGUGAGUUUGUAUGAGAUAUUUAAAAAUUAAAAAAAUGUGUAUUCAGAAGUCCAGUGAGCGUUUUGAAGGGCCAGGAUUUUUGAUUGGACUGCUGCUGCUGGUAUGUGUGUAUGUCAUGUGGCUAAAGUGACCUUUUUAAUGAAGGGAUUAUUCUUCACAACUCCACUGUUUUCAUGUGUAUGAACAAAUGUAAAUGGCCGACGUUCACAUUUCCUGUGAACACAGUGGGUGUGUGUUGAGUAGUUUAUGAGGAAAGGGACAUUUUUUUACCAUGUUUAUUGAUUUAGGAUGUAAAUGUGUGUGCGAUUUAAAAACAGUUUAUUGACUCACGUGAUGCACAUCACACAGACAGUAAAUACAACAUGCUUUCUUCAGAAUAUCUUUUUUUUCUACUGUGUUCGACGACAUGAAGUCUUCUUAUUUUCAUCAAUAAAACAUGUUUAACAAAAUUCUGUCAUGCAUAAUAAAAGUUCAUUUGCAUCAGA